AUGCCUCCCACUUCCAUUACAAUCAUGGACAACCCCUUCCCACCACCAAAACCAACACAUUUGGGCGAAAUUGAUCGUCUUCCUGCUACCAUAGAGGACUUUUGCACCGCCAUUGGACUCGGCCACGACAUCCAAAACUGCGAGCGUCGAGGAGGGGGAAACAACAAGGUUGUUAUGUUUUCCUACAUGCCCUUUACAUCUUCCGAUCCAACCCAUGCUCCACCAUCGGAUACUCGACAGCACUGUAUCUUGCGAACGGAACAGAUCAUUUUCACCAAUCCUCUCGACGCGGAAUGCGCCUGUGGAGAAGCAGAACCCCAUCCAUCUCAGCUUCCUAUUCCUGCGAUUUUGGCGUAUGAUGAGUCGUAUGAUAAUAUUAUUGGCUGUCCGUACAUUGUACAGCGAAAAGCAGCAGGGAAAGACCUGGCAGAAUGGUAUGAACUGCUCAAUGUCCCUGGUUCCGCUACGGAACAGUAUCAUCUGAAGGAAAGAAUGAGAGUUGCGGAGGAAAUGGCGAAGUUUCUUGCGAGUGUGGAGAAAAAUUUCCAGGAUACGGAGUAUGGAUUGUUGGUUAAUAGAUUGGGUAUGUUGGGGAAGAGCGUGGAGGGCUUGGAAAAGGAAACGCAGAUGGGUAUUAACCCUCGUACUGUGGGUGAUGUGUGGAUUCCGGGAAAUGUGCAGCAUGAUGUAUUCAUUGAGGGUUUGAUCAAUGCUGGCCUUCAGGCUGCGGGUGAGAAAUUGGGUUUUUUGUCAGCUAAGUAUAAAGAUUUGGUGAAGUUGAGCAGGAUCUUUCAGGAGAUGAGAGAUGAGGGACUUAUGGAUCGCUUCAGUGGAGUGACUACGCUUGGCAUCCGGAUCUGUAUCCGCGGAACGUUGUUUUCGAUCGUGUUGAUGCUGGUGAGGGAAUGGGGCGAGAGAUGA